AUGGUCGACUUCCACCCCAUUUUCGAGCGCAUCAAGCGUCUCGAUAUUCAAUACAAUAGACCACAGAAAGAGAUCCGUGGACGAGACACCAUCCUCCCGAUUUCCCUCACCUCCAUCUUCAUCUUCUUCAUGUGGGGUCUCGCCUAUGGCCUGCUCGACAUCAUGAACUACCACGUCAAGGUAGCCAUGGGUAUCGGCCGCCAGAAGGCCGCCAUCUUGGCUGCAGGGUACUAUGGUGCCUACAUCCCGGGGGCGCUCUUGAUCGGUGGUCCGCUGGUGAAGAAAGGCGGCUAUCGAAUCGCCAUGACGGUGGGCCUGUUUGUCCUCGCGCUGGGCAACGAAUUCAUGUCCAUCGGCGCGAGUAACUGCAGUCUUGCCGGCAUGGUGGCUGCCCAUUUUGUCAUCGGCUUGGGCGUUUCGACCUUGGAACGAUCAGCAAAUCCGUACGCUGUCAACUGUGGUCCGCGUCGGCAAGCUGCUCUACGAAUCUUGAUGGCUCAAGCUUGGGCCGGUAUCGGCACCGUCGUCGCUCCGUUUCUGGCCAACGCCUUCGUCUUCAACCCCGACACCUCUACAGCACGCCCCGCACCCGACCCUCUUCGCCCCGGCAGAUGCGAGAUGCCCACAGCCAAGACCGCCUCCUGCGCCAACCUAGGCAGCGUAAUCACCUUCUACCGUGCUCUGGGCGCCUGCGUCUUUGCCCUAACGAUCUUCGUGGCGAUCCUCUUCUUCCGCACCAACUGGUUCCCCGAGGUCGAGGUCCCCGUCUCCACCCCCGUCGACUGUGGCUGGAAGAAGUGGAAGCACCCGCUCGUCUCGAGGCGGUUUGCUCGUAUCUGGUGGGGCGUGGCGGCAAACUUUGUCAACCUUGGCUGCCAGGUGACAUUUGCACAGUUCUUCAUCGAGCAUAUGAAGGUCAACGCCUGUGCCAGCGAUAGAUGGGCGGCGUACUACAUGUCGCUUGCACAGACAGCAUUUGUCAUCGGCCGCUUCGCUGCUGCAGGGCUCGUCACGUCGCCGAGAAUCUUCAAGCCCCGGUAUGUGCUGCUGUGCUUCAUGGCCGGCGCCGUCGCGACGACUGCGGCGGGGACAGAAAUCACAGCGACUGCGGCCAUCGCCGUGGCCAUCAUGGUCAUGUUCUUCGAGGCGCCUUCGUUCCCCAUGAUCUUUGAGAGCGCGACGGCCAGCUUCGAGGAGUGGACGCCCACGUGCGAGACGUUGAUGAUUGUCAGCAUCUCGGGCGGCGCAUUGCAGCCCGCCCUGAUGGGCCAGCUUGUCGAGUCGGUGCGCAUCUCGCACGCCUGGUGGUUAACCGCCUCGUGCUUCUUGCUCGUCUUCACCUACCCGGUCGCAUGCAACUUGAUCCCCUCGUUCAAGAGGGCCCUGGACAAGGCCGAGAUCGGUCCCGACGCGGCGGCAGCCGACCAAGUCGCCGGCGCCGCGGACGAGGAGAUCGGGAUCCAGCACGAGUUGACGCGCAAGGAAAGCUUCGGCGUCAGGGUCGUCGAGAAAGCCGGCUCCAAGUGGAGCAAGUCUUCCGAGGCCGGGCCUUCUACUCCGCGGUCUGGCGAGGGGUCUGCGCAAGGCUCAUAG